GACAAAAGACAGGGACGCACCCUUCCAGCAAACACCCGGCCGGGCUCCGCCUACUAACACCCCGCGCAAGGGGGCGUGGGAAGUGGGGGCGGGAGGAGAGCCAGACCGCGGACGCGUUUUUUUUGACCCGGGAGCUGAUUGGCUGGCGGAGGACCAAACUCUACCACUGAAUGGAUACGGGAAGCCCAGGAGCUCCUGCUCAUUGGCUGGGGGGGACAAGUUUGGCGGUAGCAGCAGCUUAACACUGGUUGGCUGGGGGGAAUCCAGCGGCUGCUGCCUAUUGGUUAAAGUUUAAAUGACCCUUCUAUAAACGGGCCAACCGUGAAAUCAGUUCAGGGACUGGAAAUUAACCCUUUAGAGACUGACGUCCGGCUGGGAUGCUUCAGAGCCGCUGCGCGGGGCUCCUUCCCCAUUCUGGCUUGCAGCCCCAGGGCGCUGUGGCUCGUUCUCAGGGCCUCAGUUUCUCCCCUGGUCUCAGCGACCGAGAUCUCUGGCCCCUCGAGUUUCCCGUCUGGUCCCAAUGAGCUGAGUCCCCCGUAGCCUCCAGCUCCAGGCCUCAAUCCAAUAACGGGUCGCUUCGAGUGGAGGCACUAGUUCCCCGAAAGCCGAAGUCCCGGGGCCUCAGUUUCCCCACUUGUAUGUUGCCACGCGCCUCCCACGGAAGGUAGCCUUGGGCCUGCGUUUUCCGAAUGGUCCCGGAGGGCUGAGUCCCCCAGCUCCCAGUCCGCGCACAGGCGCGAGGCCUCAGCUUCCCCGCUCGCCCCGGCCGGCCGAGCUCCCCGCCAGCCCGCAGGCUGGGGCACCUCCCCUUGGGGGGGCGGAGCCGUGUCACGUGCCGGGAAGAAAGGGCUCGCGGCGCGCGGAGCGCACGGGGCUCGGGGCGCGGGGCGCUGGGCGGAGCGGCCAUGGCAGCUCCGGAGCCGCUGUCCCCGGCGGGCGGCGCGGGCGAGGAGGCGCCGGACGAGGAUGAGGACGAGGCGGAGGCCGAGGACCCCGAGCGGCCGGCUGGAGCGGGCAGCACGCGCAGCGGAGGCGUCGGUGGCGGCGGCGGCGGCGGAGGAGGAGGAGGAGGCUGCGGGGCCGGGGGCUGCGGCGGGCCGGGGGGCGCUCUCACCAGGCGCGCGGUCACGCUGAGGGUGCUCCUCAAAGACGCGCUGUUGGAGCCGGGCGCCGGGGUGCUGUCCAUCUACUACCUGGGGAAGAAGUUCAUGGGGGACCUGCAGCCCGACGGGAGGAUCGUGUGGCAGGAAACAGGGCAGGUGUUCAACUCACCCAGCGCCUGGGCCACCCACUGCAAAAAGCUGGUGAACCCGGCCAAGAAGUCCGGCUGUGGCUGGGCCUCUGUCAAGUAUAAGGGCCAGAAACUGGACAAGUACAAGGCAGCCUGGCUCCGGCGACACCAGCUCCACAUUCCCACCGCUGCUGCCGAUGAGAGCCCGCCUAGUGAAGGGGAGGAGGAGGAGCUGUUGAUGGAGGAAGAGGAGGAGGACGUUCUGGCAGGGGUCUCCACCGAGGACAAGAGUCGGAGACCACCUGCGAAGGGGCCCUUGGAGCCUGCCCACCCAGAGGCCGUGCCCCCCGGGAAGCGGGUGGAAAACAAGAUCCGGGUGCCUGUGCGUUACUGCAUGUUGGGCAGUCGCGACUCUGCCAGCAGGAGCCCCCACACCCUGGUGGAAGUAACAUCCUUCGCUGCCAUCAACAAGUUCCAGCCGUUCAACGUGGCCAUCUCCAGCAACGUGCUGUUCCUGCUGGACUUCCACAGCCACCUGACUUGCAGCGAGGUCGUGGGGUACCUGGGGGGCCGCUGGGACAUCAACAGCCAGAUGCUCACGGUGCUGAGAGCCUUCCCCUGUCGGAGCCGGCUGGGGGACGCGGAUAUGGCCGCCACCAUGGAAGAGGAAAUCUACCAGAGCCUGCUCCUGCGGGGCCUGUCCCUGGUGGGCUGGUACCACAGCCACCCACACAGCCCCGCGCUGCCAUCGCUGCAGGACAUCGACUCGCAGAUGGACUACCAGCUGCGCCUGCAGGGCUCCAGCAAUGGCUUCCAGCCCUGCCUCGCCCUGCUCUGCUCCCCUUACUACUCUGGCAAUCCGGGCCCGGAGUCCAAGAUCUCACCCUUCUGGGUGAUGCCGCCCCCUGAGCAAAGGCCCAGUGACUACGGCAUCCCCAUGGACGUGGAGAUGGCCUACGUCCAGGACACCUUUCUGACUAAUGACAUCCUGCAUGAGAUGAUGCUGCUGGUGGAGUUCUACAAGGGCGCCCCGGACCUCGUGAGGUUCCAGGAGCCCUGGAGCCAGGAGCACACGUACCUCGACAAGCUGAAGAUCUCCCUGGCCAGCAGGACACCCAAGGACCAGGGCCUGUGCCACGUGCUGGAGCAGGUCUACAGCCUUCUUAAACAAGGGAGCUGAGGCACCACCGUCUCCGAGGGCCUCUCGGUCAGACUGUGAACCCCCAGUGGCUCCGGCUGAGGGGGAAUGGGUCUGGGGGCUUUGUUUGUGGCACAGAUAAUAAAGGGGAGAAGCAAAUA